UAACAGUUAAUAAAUUAGAGUGGGAAAAAUGUAUUGGGGGAAAAAUGUUGUAUCUUACAGCAUUACUUGUUUCUUGUGUCAUUAAACGAACGGAGAUGUUGUGUAUAACGUGCGGUGUUUCUACAAAUAAAUACAAGUGUCCAAAAUGUUUAGAGGCAUAUUGCUCGCUUCCCUGUUACAAAGAACACCAAAAAGUACUAUGUCAACGAACUCGAAAAACAGAUGAUAAAUUCGUUGAAGACGAACGGCAUAAGGAACCCACUCUGCAUGAACCUUUCAUUACUGAAGACACGGUACCACGUAAUAAACUGGAACUUUUAAAGGACUGUAAACCAUUAGAGAACUUGCUUUAUAAUUUACACCUGCGAAAAUUACUUUCUGAAAUAGAUGUUGCUCCUAAUGCUUGGAAAGCUAUGAAAGCAGCGAUGCAAGAACCGCUUUUUUUAGAAUUCGCUGAUGAAUGCUUGAAAAUUGUUGAACCACAGAAUGCACUUCAUUAAGAAAUAUAUUACCCCUUACUUACAUUAAA